GGAAGCGCGUCCCCGAGCAGCGGCGGGAGCGGGAGCGACGGGAGCGGAGGGAGAGAAGGGAGCGAGCGAGUGCGGCUAGAGCAGCCCUAAAACCCGAGCGAGUGAGGGAGUGAAAUCCCCCCAACCCCGGCGAGCCAUGUCCGAGGAGAAGCCCAAGGAAGGUGUGAAAACUGAGAACGAUCACAUCAACCUGAAGGUAGCCGGGCAGGAUGGGUCAGUGGUCCAGUUCAAAAUUAAGCGGCACACUCCUCUGAACAAAUUAAUGAAGGCCUAUUGUGAGAGACAGGGCUUGUCAAUGAGACAGAUUCGGUUCCGAUUUGAUGGACAACCAAUCAAUGAGACGGACACCCCUGCACAGCUGGAGAUGGAGGACGAAGACACGAUUGACGUGUUCCAGCAGCAGACGGGGGGAGCGUGGUAGGCGCCGGGGCCGGGGCCGGGCCCUCCCGGCCCUUCCUCGGGAAUUGUGGGAUCCUUCCGCCCCUGCGGAGGACCCGGAUCCAAACUUGGCUCUCUCUGACUCAGCGGGUGUCGUCCUCGUGACUCGUGACGACCCUCGCGGGGACGCCACCACACCUCUAAUUGGGCCCAUGUGGAAUGUUCUCUUUGCUGAAGUAAAAGAUUCUUGCUUGUUUGUCUUCACUUUCCUUCCUUCUCUCCCCCCUUUGCUUUGGGGGCCCGGGUGCCGGCCCCCGCGCUUGGGAUGCUUUCUGGGCUGAAUCGUCUAAUCAUGUAAAUACUCCAGUCUAGUCAUGGCAGGGGGGGAGGGGGGGGGCGGCGGGUGGCCAUCAGCCCGAUCAUGGCAAAUCGCUGAUCCAUCGGCUCCUGGGAGGAGGCCGGGGCCCUGCCCGGGCGCGCGGGCCGCCCCCCUGCCCCCAGCUGCCCAGCGCCCUGCUUGGGGACCCUGGGGGGUCGUGGGCGCCCCAGCGGGCCCUGGGGGCCGUUCCCAUCUCGAGGCGUCUCUGCUGUGUGACCCUGCCUGCUAAGGGGGCUUUCCGUGGGCACUCUGCGUCUGUGGCUCGGGCCUGUCUCUUCUGAUUUGUACGUCCUUUGUUGUCCUUUACUACUGUACACAGUAAAUAUAGUUUGGUACUCUG